AGUUCCCACAUGUUUGUCGGGGAGAUUCCUUUCUUCUUAGCUUAAAUAAAACGUUGGUAUAUGACAGCCUGUAAUAGAUUCUCCCCGUCGAGAAGGUUGAUGGUGUAUAUUAUAGUUGGGCCUGGCCCACUUACAUCAUAUUGGGUUUAAUUUGGUUUAAAGGCCUUAAAUUAAACAAUUAUGGAGAUUAAAGAGAUGAAGACGCCGAAAAAGAUCAUUAAGCAGAUUCUAAAAUGGCAAGAGCGGUUCGCAAGUCUACCGUACGCCACCUACCGUUCCCGUCAUACGCGGCUCACGUUAGCCAUCUUUCCAACCAUGAAUACGGUGGCUUGUUGGCUUCGUCCCUCUACUAUUUAUCCCACGUGUCGUAAUUAUCGUCCACGACGGUGCCCACACCACCCUCCACCACUUACCAACUCUGCUAACGUGCGCUUCUAACUGACACCCUAUCCUCCGCCAACAACCAUUAUCAUGCGCCUCUCCUCUCUCUCCCUUAUCUCCUCGAUUAUAACGUGAAAUCGCCGCCGCGAAAAGCCAUUUUAGUCUCCACGAGAGAGAUCUGAAACCGAUCCAUGUCCGAUCCGGAUUCUCCGCCGACUCACGAUCCAAUUCCCGAUCGGGAUCAACCGGAACCGGCCUCCGCCACCGAUCCGAAGCUCCCCUCCGUCCCCAAGAGCUCCAGGCGGUUGCCUCCGCCGUGCUGGUCCCUCGAGGAGACGACCGCGCUCAUCGACGGCUACCGCGAGAAAUGGCACGCUCUCGGCCGCGGAAACCUCAAGGCGAACCACUGGGAGGACGUCGCGGAAGCGGUCGCCGCCGCGUGUCCCGGCGUGGCGCCGAGGAAGACCGCGGUUCAGUGUAGGCACAAGAUGGAGAAGCUCCGGCAGAGGUACCGCGCCGAGAUCCAGCGGGCGAGGUCUGUUCCCGUGGCGAGGUUCGUCUCCUCUUGGGUCCAUUAUAAGCGUAUGGAAGCCAUGGAGAUUACUAAACCGGACGGCGAAGAGAAUCAAUUCAGCGGCGGAGGUCCGACGCCGAGGUUCUUUAACAGGAACGGUGGCGGCGGCGGCGGCGGGAUCAGGAUUCGGAUACCGACGGGAGUGAGCAUUGCGCAGCCCGGUCCGAGGAUCGAACCGAAAAGCUUUGGUAUUAGUACAAAUCCAAGACCUGGUCGUGUUGUCGGAACAGGAUCCAGUUACGGAGCUAGGGUUGUCGGAGGAGGGAGUGAGAUGAAGAUGAUGUCUGAUGAUACAAUUGGGAGUGCGAUAAAGCUACUUGGAGAUGCGAUGUUGAGAACGGAGGAGAAGAAGAUGGAGAUGACGAGGGAGAUAGAAGGGAUGAGGAUGGAGAUGGAGAUGAAGAGGACGAAGAUGGUGUUGGAGUCGCAGCAACGGAUUGUGGAGGCAUUUGCUAGAACCAUGUCGGAGAAUUUGGAGGAGGAGAAGAAGAAGAUGAAGAAAGCAAGAAGAGUAUCUUCAGUGGAGUAAUGUUAAUCUAUGUUGUUGUAUUAUUUAAUAAGUGUAUAAAGUAUCCACCUUUUAGGCUUUUCAGAUGAAUAUGCAGUGGAGAAAUUGUUGUUGUGAUAAAACUUGAAAGUGACAUCAAUGGAGUAAGAACCAUCUUCAUUGUC